AUCAAGAAAGCACCUUCUGGGUCUUUAAAUCUAGUGAUAAUGUAAUAUAUAUAUAUAACUCUCUCUCUCUCUCUCUCUCCUUUUAUAGUGUUGAUAAUUCAAGAUUCGAGAGAUCAGAUCCAAGGUGGUUAAUCUGUCCAUCAAAACCCACAAAAUCCAUCGUUCAGUCAAUCGUUCAAUCAAUCAAUCAAAUCAAACAGAAUCAACAAUUCACAAAGGAAUCAUCAAAAAGUAGAACAAAAGAAAAAAGAUGUCCUCCUCAUCAUCUGCUUUUUCACCGGACCACCACCACCACCUCUCUCCUCCCUCCUCCGAGCAGCUCUGUUAUGUCCAUUGCAACUUUUGUGACACCGUCCUCGCGGUGAGCGUUCCUUGCUCAAGUUUGUUCAAGACCGUGACGGUUCGAUGUGGUCACUGCACCAACCUCUUGUCUGUAAAUAUGCGUGGUCCGCUUCUUCCUGCAGCAGACUCUUUCUUUUCUCCUCAGAAUCUUUUGGAGGAGAUCCGAAGCUCGUCGUCAAACUUGUUGAUCAAUCAGCAAAAUGCGAGUGAAUCAGUCACACCCAUUCGAGGACUCGAGGAGCUUCCUAAGCCCCCAGCUGCUAACAGACCUCCGGAGAAGAGACAGAGAGUCCCAUCUGCUUACAACCGCUUCAUCAAGGACGAGAUCCAACGCAUCAAAGCUGGAAACCCCGAAAUAAGUCACAGGGAGGCUUUCAGCGCCGCUGCAAAGAAUUGGGCCCACUUCCCACACAUUCAUUUCGGACUUUUGCCUGAUCAACCCGUGAAGAAGGCUAAUAUGCGCCAGCAGGAUGGAGAGGACGUCUUGAUGAAAGAUGGGUUUCUUGCUCCUGCCAAUAUGGGUGUGUCUCCUUACUAAGAAGUGAAGCGUUUAGGGUUUCUUAUUAAAUCUUUCUGUCUAUCUUUAGGGUUCAUCUUGUUCUUGGCUAUCUUUCGUUCUUUCUUUCUUUGUGACUUUUUAAAAACAUUUUGUAAUUUGCUUGGCUUUCUUAAUGGUGGGAGGAGAGUAUUUUCAAGAGUAGAGUCCUUGUGGAAGUCUAACAAGUGGUUUCCUUAAAAACCCAUAUGCAAAUGAAUUCUCUCUAGCUAGUGUUAAGCAUGUUGAUGUUCUGAAAACUUUUCUUCCCCAUCUUUGGAUGUUGUUUAAUGAUGAUUCGUGGUAUCUAAUUGUCAAGUUUUUUGGUUUUAUGUCA